AUGAGAUUGAAGAUUGGGUUUGCUUUUCUUUCGGCCCUGACAUUGCCAUACCUUUGUCUUGGCAGCGCGAAUACCUCGGUUCCGUCGGCAGCAGAGCUGGUUGCCUCACUGACGACUGUGCCGAAGUGUGCGCUUAACUGCCUCGCCCAGUCUGUUACCAAGGCACAAUGUGGCCUUCAAGAUCCACAAUGUAUUUGUGUUGACAAAUAUGUUGCUAUUGAAAGUGCUGGCACGCCCUGCAUCUUGAAGGCUUGUAACUUGACCGACGCAUUGUUCACCAAGAAUGUCACCGAAAGUGUUUGCAAUAGGCCGAUUAGGGACAAGAGUGGACGAUACGAUGCCAUGAACAUCACCAUGGGAGUCAUCACGGCACUCCUCGUUGUGAUUCGACUCGGAUUCAAAAAGUUUUUCAGCUACCGGAGAGAACUCGGUGCCGAUGAUUGGGUCAUUCUAGGAACUGUCGUCAUCGGAAUCCCUUGUACCAUUAUCAACAAAGUCGGCCUCACCGCGAAUGGCCUAGGCAAGGAUGUUUGGACAUUGCCGCCGGACGAGUUGACCAGAUUCGUCAUGUACUUCUACAUCAUGGAGGUUUUGUACUUGGCGGAAAUGUCCAUCAUCAAACUCAGCCUGUCACUCUUCUACUUGUACAUCUUUCCAGGAACGACGAUUCGCCGGCUGCUGUUGGGUACAGCUAUUUUCAACGUCAUCUUUGGGUUUACCUUUGUCACGACGGGCAUUUUCCAGUGUACUCCAGUCAGUCGAUACUGGACCCAGUAUGUCGAUAGCAACUCGACUGGACGUUGUAUCAACAUCAACUUGUUUGCGUGGAUCCAUGCUGCGCUCAACAUUGCCGUUGACGUGUGGAUGAUUGCGCUGCCGUUGAGCCAGAUUAAACGGCUGGAGCUUCACUGGAAGAAGAAGAUUGGCGUCACUUUUAUGUUUUUGAUCGGAACUUUUGUCACCGUUGUCUCAAUCUUGAGAUUACAGUCUCUCAUCAACUUUGCAAACUCGACCAAUCCAACAUGGGAUAACUGGAUCGUAGGUUGGUGGUCAACCAUUGAAGUCAACGUCGGCAUGAUUUGCACAUGCCUACCAACUGUGCGCCUGAUCCUUGUACGCGCGGCUCCUCGCAUCUUCAGCACCAACAUGUCUAGCAACAAGUCGCAUCCAACGCAUAAUGGCACCCGCGACCGAUAUAGUAGGAACAGCAAUAUGAUGGGCCACAAGCAGAUUGAACUGGCGAGCAUCGAGACGAACAUAAUUGACGUAGGAGAAAAGCCAAAGAAGGGAAAAGGGUUCUUUGGCGCAUGA